AUGGAACAAAUAAAUCAUCAUGACGAUGAACAUGAUCAAUCAUCAAAUGAAGAAAAUACACAUGAUGAUCAACAACAAUUAUUAUUCAAAUAUCUUGCUGAAUCAUUACAAAAACAACAACAACAACAAAUUGGACCUAUUGAUUUUUCUACUACAUCGAAUACAAUAAAAAGCGAAAUGCGAGAUGAUGAUGAUGAUGAUGAUGAUGAUGAAGAAGAUUUAGAUAUGCAAGAGAAACAAUCUUCUUCAUUAGUUCAAUCAUCUAUUCCUACUAUGUUACCACCUUUAUUACUUCGUAAUAAACACGGCAAACCUACUCGACCAUUUAAAGCAUAUCCACGUGAUCCAUUAUCAUUACCACUUGGUUUUUAUUCUCCAUUAGUUCCAUCAUCGGAUAAUUUAUUAAAUGUAUUAGCAUCAUCAAAUGAUGAUUUUUCUAAACAAUUUCGUAAACGUAUUCAACAAGCUCAAGAACGUUUAAUAAAUCGUGGUGUACAAGAUUCUCCAAUAAAAACUGUUAAUCAACAUCAAGAUAAACUACAUAGUCCAUCAUCAACAACAAAUAAUAUUCCACCAAAAAAACGUUAUAGACCAAAUACACCACCACCAGAAAUUUCUUCAUCAAUAUCAAGUCAACAAAUAAAUCAUGAAACAGAUACAAAAGAUGAUGCUUAUUGGGAACGACGAAGAAAAAAUAAUGAAGCUGCUAAACGUAGUCGUGAUGCACGACGUGCGAAAGAAGAUGAAAUAGCACUUCGAGCUGCUUGGCUUGAACAAGAAAAUCUUAAACUUCGACUUGAAAAUGCACAUUUAAAACAAGAAAAUGUUCGACUUCGUUGUCAAAUAUAUGGUUCAACAGAUUUAUCAACUUCAUCAACAUAA